UCCAUGACCAUAACGACGUCUAAUUAUUUAAUUUAUGUGGUAAGGAUAUGUUAUUUGUAAAUGGUAAAAGGUGUAUAUUUCCCCAUGAAUAUAUUCUUUAAUACUCAUACUGUCGAUAUAUUUCAUAUAUUUGGAUGCAUAAACAAUCAUUGAUUUGAAUGGUUUUUUUAUUUUUUUAUUUUGGAAGGAAGAUUUUUAAAUGAAAAUUAUGAAUUGAACAGUUUUGAUUAUAAAUUUAGAUAAUAAAAAUACAUUAUUCGUAAAUGGUAGAAUAUAAUGUGCAUUCCCGUUGGGGAUGCAAGUAACACACUUUUAAUUAGUUUUCUUAUAUAUGUGAGUAUUAUCCGAUUUAAAUUUCAAGUAAUUUCGGAUUUGUUUCUUGUUUUCAAACAUCAGCCAUGCUGAUGAUAAACUCCUUAUUGCUCUCAUCUUCUUCUUCGUCUCCUCGGCUCCUUCUUAACCACACCAAAUCUCCUUCCAUUCCAAUUACCACUUCCAACCUCUCCAUAUCCAAUCCAGCAACUGCUAUCAGCACACCUCUGAGAUGGACCCCGCAGACCCUUCAGUUUCGGGUCUCAUCGUCAUCAGCCAAUCCGACAGUCAAGGUUGCAUCACCGCCGGGAACUGAUGGCGAUGAGUCUGCUGAUGUGGUGGAAUCUGGAGCGGACGUUGUGAGGAAGUUCUACGGAGGAGUCAACCGCCAAGAUUUGGGUUCAGUGGAGGGGCUCAUAGCAGAGAAAUGUGUGUACGAGGACCUUGUUUUUCCUCGUCCUUUCGUUGGUCGCAAGGACAUACUUCAAUUCUUCAAAAAGUUCAAUGAUUCUGUCGGCAAAGACCUUCAGUUUGUUAUUGACGACUUAUCCGCUGAGGACUCCACGGCAGUUGGGGUAACAUGGCAUUUAGAAUGGAACGGCAAGCCUUUUCCCUUCAGCAAAGGAUGUAGCUUUUAUAAGUUGGAGGUCAUCGAUGGCAAGAGACAAAUAAUCUACGGGCGAGAUAGUGUCGAACCUGCGAUCAAGCCUGGAGAAACUGUGUUGAUUGCCAUCAGAGGUGUGGCAUGGCUUCUACGACAAUUCCCUCAGCUGAUCGACCAGAUUUAAAGUUAUUUUCUCUACUCUCUUUUUACCUCAAGGAGAGGAUAUGUACACUUUUUUACUUUGGACUUGCAUGAGCAAGCAAAUAUGAUGUAUAGGCACACAUAUAAGUAUGUAGAAAAUGUGAACUGAACGGAGUAUUCAUUUCGAAAUUCUCGAAAAACAAAGUGAUAUUGGGGAGGGGGAAUCAAACUCAUGUCAUUGAAUGCAGAGUGUAGGUGCUCUUAGCUAAUUGAGCUACAUGUCUAGUGCUUUUGUUGACUUUUAACUUAAAGGGUUAAUGUU